GAACAAAUGUUAGGAACGGUACAAACUACGAGUCCCUUAACAGUUAUCGUUGUAUGGUAACUCACAUACGCACCAUCGCGUAUGCCCACAUGCCGCAUGGCACUGAAGUGUUAAAGUUACUAGGUUUUCUAAAUUUUUAAUUGUACUUUAUUAGAACUACAACUUAACAAAAAAAUGGACGAUGAAAAUAUAAGUGACGACCAAUCUACUGAAAUAAUGGACGUUGCAAAUACAAGUGACAACCAACCCACUGAAAAAAUGGAUAGUACGACAGUUAAUGAACAAAUGACGGUCAAUAAUAAAGACUACAAAGAGUAUGAAGAUGAAAUGGACACUUCUGACGAAGAGGUAUAUUGGUUACAAUUUUUUGUUUCAUUCAAUUUUAAAAUGAUGUAAUUUUGUUAAGGACAUACGCAACACCGUAGGUAAUAUACCCAUGAAUUGGUAUGAUGAGUAUUCACAUAUCGGUUAUGAUUGGGAUGGUGCUAAAAUCGUUAAGCCAGAAAGAGGUGAUCAAUUAGAUAAUUUUAUGGAAAAAAUGGAGAAUCCUGAUUUCUGGUAUGAAUUUAUUAUUGAUCUGUUAUUUUUUUAGUAGUUAGGUACAUAAUAAAAAUUUAAAUUUUUUAGGCGAACAGUUAGAGAUUUACAAACUGGUCAAGAUGUUGUUUUAAGCGAUAAAGACGUAGAACUGAUUCAACGAAUAGAAUCGAGUAAAAUACCAGAUUCGACCUACGAAGAAUAUGGGGUACAUAUUAUUACCUAAUUUCUUUAUAAUGUUUUAUUUAGAAAAUGUAUAAGUUCUUGUUUAUUUUUAGCCAUGGAUUGAAUGGUUUACAUCGGAAGUGAUGGAUAUGCCCAUUCGUAAUGGUGCAGAUCAUAAACGGUCAUUCAUAGCCAGUAGAUCAGAAGCUUCACGUGUAGAGCGUUAUGCUAGAUUAAUACGUGCUGGUCUACUUAAAACUAGAGAACAAAAACGAAGGGAACGUGAAAAGAAACGACAACGUAGUUUCUUUAUGAUGUGGAGCACAGAUGAUGCUGAAGAUGAAAAUAUGAGACGAAUCACUGACCAUAUACCUGCACCUAAAAGAAAUUUACCUUCUCAUGCAGAAUCUUAUAAUCCUCCUCCUGAGUUCUUGUUUAACGAUCGAGAAGUAACUAAUAUUUAUUUUUAUUUAUGAUAUGAUAUACAUUAAUAAUGGUUAUAAUAAUGGUAAUAAUUAAUAAUGGUUAAUGUUAUUAUAUUUUAGAUGAGAAUAUGGAAUAAACAAGAAGAAACUCCGUGGAAGCGAAAAUUACAUUAUGUACCACAAAAGUAUGAUAGCUUAAGGCAAGUUCCGGCUUAUCCGAAAUUUAUAAAAGAGAGAUUUACGAGGUGUUUGGACUUGUAUCUAUGUCCCAGAGCCAGAAAAAUGAGGGUAAGUAUAUUAUCACAUAGUUUAUUGUUCAAUAUAGAAUUAAUUAAAUUUAAAAAUUAUAUUAUAGUUGACUAUUGAGCCGGAAGAUCUACUACCUAAAUUACCAAGUCCCAAAGAUUUGCAACCGUUCCCUACGAUUCAAUCAUUGGUAUAUAAUGGACAUACCGACAUGGUCCGUUGUAUAUCUAUCGAUCCACUUGGUCAAUAUUUGUUGUCUGGAUCUGAUGACAUGACAGUAAAAAGUAAUAUUUAAUAUAUUUUAUUGUUUAGUUAUGUUCUACAUAGUAAAUAUUUUUUUUUUUUUUUAAAUAUACAGCAAAUAUAAGUUUGUACAUAUUGUAAUUUUAAUUUUUAGUAUGGGAAAUUAGUACGGCUCGUUGUAUGAAGACUAUUCCAGUUGGUGGUAUUGUACGUGGUGUUGAAUGGAAUCCAAACAAAGCAUUGUCAAUGAUUGCAGUUAUAGCUGAUCGGAAAUUAUUGAUCAUAAAUCCGGGUAUCGGUGAUCAUUUAGUAGUUUCCAAGACAGAUUCUAUUCUUUCUACACCACCUAUUCAAACAUCUAUAGGUUUGUUGUUUUGUAUUCAAAUUUUAAAAACUAAUAGUGAUUUUUUAUUACAUUUGUAAUAAUGAUAAACAUUAAAUUUAUUUUUAGUCAGUGAUAAGAUUAAAGCAAUUGUUCAAUGGGAUGAUCCAACCACUGAAGAAUAUGAAAAUGGUAUUCGUAUUGUGUUGAAUCAUUUCAAAGAGUUAAAACAAGUAAUUCAUUUUUUUUUUAUUUAAUAUGCUAUUGACAUUGUAUAAUUUUGUGUAUAGGGGAAAUUUCUUGAAAAAAAAUAAAAUAAAAAUAAGUAUCCAAUCUUCAUUCGGAAAUUUAUUAACUAUCUAACACAAUUAUGUAAACACUUAUUCCUAUAAAUAAAAUCAGCCACAAUUUAUUUGAUAUUAUUUUUAUUCUGUAAACACCAUGUUUAUUAUAAACUAUUAAUUUUAUCUAAUAAAAAUAUUAUUUGGUAUUUAUUUGGUAGAAAUACAUUAAAACUAAACAACUUUGUGCAUUAUUUCGUUCUAAUAUUAAAUUGUAUGACGUGCCCACAAAAUAAAUUUAGGGAAGCUAUCUAAAUAUUUGAUAAGUUUAAUUUCUAUUUUCUAUUAAAUGGUUUAUUUUUUUUAAACUUAUUUCAGGUGACAUGGCAUGGUCGUGGAGAUUAUUGCGCUACUGUGAUGCCUGAUGGUGCUAAUCGAUCAGUACUCAUUCAUCAAAUGUCUACUAGACGAUCACAAUUACCAUUUGCUAAAUCUAAAGGAUUGGUUCAAUCUGUUCUUUUCCAUCCGAUUAGGCCAUUUUUGUUUGUUGCUGUAAAAAUCAAUUUUUAUUAUUAAGUACUAUAGUAUUGUAACUGUAUUUAAAAUAUAAAUAAUUCGUUUAUUUUCCAGACCCAAAAAAAUAUAAGAAUUUAUGAUUUGGUAAAACAAGAACUAUUUAAAAAAUUAAUGAGUUAUGCAAAAUGGAUUUCAUCUAUGGCUAUUCAUCCAGGUAUAUUAUUUUUUUCAAUUCAAAGAUUUUGUUUGCCAUCUCAAGUUUAUCAUUAUGACCGUAUCACUAAAAUUUUAAAAAAAAAAAUCGUUAAAAUAAUUAUUAUAUUUAAUAUAGAAUAUAAACGGUAAAUUUUAUUUUUGUAGGCUAGAAUUUAAUGUUUAUAUACAAACUUAACUUUUCAAAAUGUUUAAUAUCAUAGGUUUAUACAUUUUGAGGUAUUGAUAAAAUAUUUAAAUUUCAUUUUUUGUAGUUUUUGAUUACUGAACAGUUGAGAGUUCUGGAUUUGUUUGUGUUACUAUUGUCCUUUUACUAAAAAUUUAAUUUAAUUUAAUUUAUAAAUUAUAAUUCUAGUUUUAUAUAAUAUUAAAUUAUUAGUAGUUUUAUAGUAUAAAUAGUACUAAUUUCAUAAAUAUUUUGUUUAGUUGAUAUUUUAAAAACUAUCAUUGAUAUUUUUUAGGUGGUGAUAAUCUUAUUGUUGGAACAUAUGACAGAAAAAUGUUAUGGUUUGAUCUUGAUCUUUCUACCAAACCCUAUAAAACUCUUAGAUUGCAUUCAACUGCUAUACGCUCAGUUGCUUUUCAUAAACGUUAUCCUUUAUUUGCAUCUGGUUCUGAUGAUCGAGCUUUAAUAGUUUCCCACGGAAUGGUUUAUAAGUAAGUGUUUUUGUGUCAAAAUAAUUUUUAUCUAUUUACAUUAAUUUAUUUUUUUGGUUUUUAGUGAUUUGCUUCAAAAUCCUUUGGUGGUUCCAUUAAAAAUGCUUAAAGAACAUGAAGAUUUAGCAGAUUUUGGUAUUUUUGGUGUGACAUUCCAUCCUACAGAACCAUGGGUGUUUAGUUGUGGCGCAGAUAAAACUAUAAGGCUGUUUACGUGAUUUAUAUCAUAUUAGUUCUAUUAAAUUUAAAAUAUAAGAGCGAUUUUUAUAUUCAAAUAUACUUGAUUAUAUUAUAUUAUACAAUUAAACAAUCAAUUAUUAAUAUUUUAUUUUAUUUACAUAAAGCACUAGUCAAAAUUUAAUUAAUAACUAAAUUAAAAGCGACAAGUAUAAUAUUAUUCAAAAUUAAUUGCUUCAUUUUAUGAAGUACGUAGUCUGUUGUGAAGGAUAAUGGUGAAAGUUAACUUGAUUUGAUAAAUCAUAAUAUGGUACUAGAAGUGGUUGAUACUAAAAGUAUUCACAUGAAUUUGUACAUCUAAUGUAAUAUGAUAACUAACUAUCUGAAUCGUGAAUAAAUUGUAAGUGACAUUUUUAAAAUUGUUCAGGAAAACAAAAAA